AUUAUAUAAUUUUAGUAUUGAACUUCUUAACGAAAUAAUGUGCAUAAAUAUCGAAGUGAUUUUACCAACUAUAGAAAAGUUCCUGAUAUUGUAUCCUUUGCGAUGUGGAUGCAUUUUAAUUCAUCUCUGGACAACGUUACGAGCGGGAUUUUGCAUACUGUUCUAUUCAACUGCAAUCUUAGAGGUUUUAAUUGGCGAAGAGUCACCGUUCGGUGCUUCGCUGGUUAGAGAGAAACCGAUCACAGAUAACCUAUACCUCGUUUAUUAUACACUUUUGGCAUUAUUGUUGUGUGAGACUGUUGUGUUUAUAUUUAUGAUGCAUUUUGGAAUCGGAUUAUAUUGUUUCAACUUAAUCUUGAUGAAACAUUACUUAGUAUGCCGUUUUUUUACAUGGCUUAUUGAAAUGGGAGGACUAUUAAUUAUGUGUCUCGCUCAUAAACUAUUAAUAGGAUGGUAUUUGGGCAUUUUGUUCUUUACUAUUCUAGAAUUUUACUCCUUCGUCGUAGUCUACAGUUAUUAUGUCAACCAAUUGGAAGAUCAAAUGGAAGCGGAAAAACACAUUUGUUAAUAAAGUCAUUAACACAUUGUUCUAAUUGUUGUGAUUGUUGUUAAUAAAGAUGGCCUUUGAACUGCCUAGAUUGAAGAAGUGUUGUUGUUGUUUACCGUUGAGAACAGGAUCGCUUGUAAUUGGAUAUAUU